AUGGAGCGGCAGCAGGAGCUGAAGGUGCUGCUGAAGCGCUGGGAAGCGGAAUUCCUGCGGCAGCGCCAGCGCAAACCCAGCCAGGCCGACAUCGAGGAGGCUCCGGAGGAAACGCGCAGGCUGUACCGUCAGUACCGGGAGCUCAAACGCUGCCAGAGCCGGGAGAGAGCGGGGACGGGAACAGAGCGGGGAGAGCAGGAAAUCCCAAAUGAGGAGCAGGAGGAAGAUUUGGGGUUUUGGGGCUCCCACCUGAACCGAGCCCCCAAAGGCCCCGGGCGGGGCCGGGCCCGGCAGCCCCGGGCGGGAAUUUCCCAAAUUUAUGGCAAAAAACUCAAAACCAAACUGGGAGCAACUGAGCCGCCUCUGAACCCAAACCUGCGGAAAAUCCCAAAAACUCCCCAGUCCCAAAAAUCCCCAGAGCUGGGAGCUGAAAUUCCAUCAGAAAAUCCCCAAAAUUCCCCAGAAUUCCCAGAUUUUGGAGCUGAAAUUCCCUCAGAAAAUCCCCAAAAUUCCCAAUUUUUCCCAGAUUUUUCCCUUCCGACCUCCCUGGACCGGAAUCCCCCCAAAUUCCCCUCCCAAAUUCCCGGAUUUUUCCCCAUUCCCGAAAAAUUCCGGCGGCUCCGGCAGAACGUGGCCCAAACUUUGGGAUCCUUGGACCCCGCCUGGAUCCAGAGGGUGGAGGAAUCCCAAAAACCUUGGGAAUUAUCCCAAAAACCUUGGGAAUUAUCCCAAAAACCUUGGGAAUUAUCCCAAAAACCUUGGGAAUUAUCCCAAAAAAAUUGGGAAUUUUGGGGGAAUUUGGCCCCAGCCCGGGGCAAUUUCGUCCGCCUCAACCUGAAGAGAAAAUCCUAUUCCCGUGCAUCCAUGAGGGGAAAAUUCCUCCGCAAACAGGUUUGGAAGCAAAAAUGGAGAAAAAAGUUCGGGGGCGGAGCCGAUGUUUGCUUCCGGUGUGGCGGGAAAGGGCACUGGGCUUCGGAGUGCCGAGGGAAGGAUUUGGGAUCAUUCCCAGAGGAAGUUCCCCAGGAGAAGCCGCUUCUCACUCUGGAAGAAGCUGCCCAAAGGAGCAAUGGAGAUUUUAUGCCAGAAAUUCCUGAUGGAUCCAACACAGAAAAUUCCCAGCUCCCCUUGGAUUCCCUGGAUUUCCCUCCAGAAAAUUUUCCAGAUUUUUCUCCCCCACCCCUGGAUCCCCUUUACCCCCCCAACCCCGAUGGGACCGUCCCAGAUCCUCCUGAGGAAGUGCUGGAAGCUCUGAGAACUUUGGGAUUUGAUUCCUUCCGGCCUGGCCAGGCUGAGGCUGUCAUGAGGGUCCUUUCUGGAAUCUCCACCCUGCUGCUGCUACCCACGGGCUCGGGCAAAUCCCUGUGUUACCAACUCCCCGCCUUCCUCUACCACCGCCGUUCCCGCUGCAUCUGCAUCGUCAUCUCCCCCCUCAUCUCCCUCAUGGAAGACCAGGUUUCAGGCCUCCCCUCAGCCCUCAAAGCCGUCUGCAUCCACUCCAACCUCACCCCGUCCCAGCGUGAAGCAGCCAUUCAAAAAGUGAGUAAAAUCCUUUUCCCUCAGUUUUUCCCUGUUUUUCCCACAUUUUCCUUCAGUUUUUCCCGCCCAUUUUUCCACUUUUCCCCUCAGUCAGGAGCGGGCCGAGCCCAAAUCCUGCUGCUUUCCCCGGAAUCCGUGACGGGAUCGGGAUUUUUUUCCCGCCUUUUUUGCCAUUUCCCUCCGGUGGCUUUCGCCUGCCUGGAUGAAGCUCAUUGCAUCUCCCAAUGGUCCCAUAAUUUCCGACCCGCUUACCUCAGGGUCUGCAAGGUUCUUCGGGAGCGUUUGGGAGUUCGGUGCUUCCUGGGCCUCACGGCCACGGCCACGGUGGCCACGGCUCGGGACGUGGCCAAACAUUUGGGGAUUCCUGAGGGAAAUUCCACCAUCGGAGCCUUCGGAAUUCCCGAAAAUCUGGCGCUCUCGGUGUCUCUGGAGGAUGACCUGGAUCAGGCCGUGGUGCGGGUGCUGCGCGAGUGGAGCCGGGAGGGGCUGAGGGGCUCUGUGCUCGUUUACUGCGCGCGCAGGGAGGACAGCGAGCGCCUGGCGGAGCGGAUCCAAAACGACUUCCCUGAGGGGCCGCCCACGGCAGACUGGCAAGCGGUCGAAACUACCACGGUGACACAAAGUGUGGCCACCGAGUGCCAAGGGCCUGAGCCCUGGCUGCAGGCCGGCCGAGGCACCGCGUACCCUCACGCCGCCCCUCCCCAGGUACCGCGUCCCUGCCCGCCCGGGGCAUCGGCCGCGUCCCCUCCGGCUGCUCCCGCGGAGACAAAGGCGCUGGGGAGCUGCGGGCCGCCGGGACUGGGGAGGGGGCGGAGGAGGGGGCGACUGCCGAGGGGAACAAAGGAGCCGAAAAAGACGAGAAGAGCCAAGAAAGUUGAUACCGGCCUCCGCCACCCCCUGCCCUGUCCCGGCCCGCCCCUUGCACCUCCCGGACUUUCGUGUGGGGGCCCGCAGCAGCCCGGCGGCGGGGAGAAAGGCCGAGUACCCUCACCUCCAUUUCCCCCCCCGCCCCGAAUCCCCGGCCGAAGGUCCCAGCUCGCCCCAUCCCCUCCCAUCUCCUCCUCCUUCUUCUUCUGCCCCGCUGACCCCGCCCAGCCCCCGGUGCUUCCCUUUAACGCGCGCUCCCGCCGCCGGCUCUUGCCCCUCCCCCGUGCCCGGCGGCGCGCGGCCUCCGCCAGCCCCCGCGGACGCGCGCGCCCCCAUCCCGUCACUUCCCCCCCCCCCCCCCCCCCCCGUUCCCUUGCCGAAGCCGCGCGCGCGCCCCCGCCCUCCCGCCCCUCCCUCGGGCCCGCGAGCGCCCGGGAUAAUUGGCUGGCGGGCGCGCGCGCGCGGCGCCGGGCGGACGGGUGGGGGCGCGCGCGCGCGGAGGCGGCGGCGGUGCGCGCGCGCGCGCGGCAGCGGCUUCACUUCUCUCCGGGCAGCGGGGGCAGGAGCGGCGGCGGCGGGAGAAGCGGCGGCGGCUGUCGCUGCUGCUCGGGAGAGACGGGAAAGGGGAGAGGAAGCCGAGAGCGAGGAGCGCGGGGCAGCGGGCUCAUGACUCAGUGA